AUGGUAGGUGGCUGCAAUAUUGAAGGAGAAGAUGAAAGCUGGGAUUUUGGCACUGGUGCUGGUUUCUACGUGGAUGCCACUGAAGAUCCUUGGAAAACAAACUACAGGAUGUAUUCCUACAUAAAAGAUGAGCUGCCUAAACUAAUAAAUGCCAAUUUUCCAACCGACCCUGAACGGAUGUCUAUUUUCGGUCAUUCCAUGGGAGGUCAUGGAGCUCUUAUUCUUGCUCUGAAGAAUCCUGGAAAGUACAAAUCUGUAUCAGCAUUUGCUCCUAUCUGCAACCCUAUUCAGUGUCAAUGGGGGAAGAAAGCCCUUGGUGGAUAUCUGGGAUCAGAUGUAAGCAAAUGGGAGGCGUAUGAUGCUACACAACUUGUGAAGUCCUAUCCAGACUCUCACCUGGACAUCUUGAUUGAUCAAGGCAAAGAUGACCAGUUUCUAUCAGCAGGCCAGCUACUGCCCGAUAACUUCAUCGCUGCCUGCACAGAGCGGAAAAUCCCAGUCGUCUUUAGACUGCAGCAGGGUUACGAUCACAGCUAUUUUUUCAUUGCUACAUUUAUUAAUGACCACAUCAAGCACCAUGCAAAAUACCUCAAUGCUUGAACCAUUUGGAUGGGAGUGUUGUCUGUCCAAUACACAUCAGUGGAUUGAGGUGAACGAAACAAAAAUGAUUUGCUGAAGUAGUGUCUGUAAAAUGGAGCUCUUCUGAUUGUACUGCUAAGAAAAAUAAAGGUCCCA